UCGACCUUUACUCACUGCCUUCCCCCUAACUCAGCCCGGCCUUCCCCGGCGUCUUUCCCUCACAGAGCGGCUCCUCACCGCCUCUGUCCGCCUCGUCCACAGCCUCUCCGCCGUCCGCCCUGCCCCUCUUCAACAAUUUCUUGGGCUUGCUGAUAAGCUGUUCGAGAUGAGGCUGCUGAAGGUGGCAACAUGCAAUCUGAACCAAUGGGCUAUGGAUUUUGACUGUAAUAUGAAGAAUAUAAAGGAGUCCAUUUCGAAGGCUAAGGAAGCUGGGGCUGUGAUUCGGCUUGGGCCGGAGCUCGAGGUCACUGGCUAUGGCUGCGAGGACCACUUCCUGGAACUUGACACUCUCACUCACGCAUGGGAAUGUCUCAAAGAUAUUCUGCUUGGUGACUGGACGGAUGGAAUACUAUGCAGCAUCGGCAUGCCUGUUAUAAAAGGGUCGGAACGUUAUAAUUGUCAAGUGCUCUGCAUGAAUAGGAAAAUUCUCAUGAUUCGCCCAAAGAUGUGGCUUGCAAACGAUGGAAAUUAUCGAGAACUCAGAUGGUUCACGCCAUGGAAGGGGAAGUACCAGCUCGAGGAAUUUCAGCUCCCUUCUGAAAUUUCCGAGGCUUUGUCACAAAAAUCAGCACCUUUUGGAUAUGGGUACAUCCAGUUUUUGGACACAGCUGUUGCUGCUGAAGUUUGUGAAGAACUUUUUACACCUAUGCCUCCUCAUGCUGAACUUGCUUUAAAUGGGGUUGAAGUGUUUAUGAAUGCAAGUGGAAGUCACCAUCAGCUAAGGAAGCUCAAUCUUCGUCUUCACUCUUUUAUUGGUGCAACUCACAUUCGGGGAGGAGUUUACAUGUACAGUAAUCACCAAGGAUGUGAUGGAGCACGGCUUUAUUAUGAUGGCUGUGCUUGUGUUGUAAUAAAUAGUGACGUGGUCGCUCAAGGCUCACAAUUUUCAUUGAAGGAUGUUGAAGUUGUCAUGGCUCAAGUUGAUUUAGAUGCGGUUGCAAGUUUAAGAGGUUCUGUAAGUAGUUUUCAGGAGCAAGCCAGCAGCAAAACUAAAGUACCAUCAAUAGCAGCACCGUACAGUCUGUGUCAACCCUUCAACCUUCAAAUAUCCCUUUCAAGUCCACUUAAGAUCCAAUAUCACUCUCCUGAGGAGGAAAUAGCCUUUGGACCAGGUUGCUGGCUCUGGGACUAUUUAAGGAGAAGCGGAGCUUCUGGGUUUCUGCUCCCACUUUCUGGUGGAGCAGAUAGCUCCUCUGUGGCUGCUAUAGUUGGGUGCAUGUGUCAACUUGUCGUAAAAGAAAUUGUGAAUGGAGAUGAACAAGUCAAGGCUGAUGCGAUACGAAUUGGGCAGUACACUGACGGACAAUAUCCCACUGACAGCAAAGAAUUUGCCAAACGGAUAUUUUACACUGUUUACAUGGGUUCUGAAAACAGUUCUGAAGCAACGAGAUCUCGAGCAAAGUUGCUCGCCGAUGAGAUCGGGGCGUGGCAUCUUGAUGUUAGCAUUGAUGGUGUUGUUUCUGCCCUCCUCACUUUAUUCGAAAAGCUCACUGGAAAGAGACCACGCUACCAGGUAGAUGGGGGAUCUAACAUUGAGAACCUAGGACUGCAGAACAUUCAAGCUCGGAUCAGAAUGGUGCUGGCAUUUAUGUUGGCUUCGCUCUUGCCUUGGGUUCACAGCAAACCAGGAUUCUAUCUCGUUUUGGGCAGCUCCAAUGUGGAUGAAGGAUUGCGUGGUUAUUUGACAAAGUACGAUUGCAGUUCAGCUGAUAUUAACCCGAUUGGGAGUAUAAGCAAGCAGGAUCUGCGAGCUUUCCUUCGAUGGGCUGCUGUCCAUCUUGGGUACCCAUCUCUUGCAGAAGUCGAAGCUGCUCCACCAACUGCCGAACUAGAGCCGAUACGCUCUAACUACAGUCAGCUCGAUGAAGUGGACAUGGGAAUGACGUAUGAGGAACUCUCAGUCUAUGGAAGACUUAGGAAAAUCUUCCGUUGUGGUCCAGUAUCAAUGUUCAAGAACCUCUGUUACAGAUGGGGCGCAAGACUAACUCCAUCGGAGGUGGCCGAGAAAGUGAAGCACUUCUUCAAGUACUAUUCCAUCAAUCGCCAUAAGAUGACAGUCUUAACACCUUCCUAUCACGCCGAGAGUUACUCGCCCGAGGACAAUAGGUUCGACCUCCGGCAGUUCCUCUACAACGCGAGAUGGCCAUACCAGUUCCGCAAGAUCGACGAGCUUGUAAAGAAUUUGGACGGUGAUAAGAUUGCCUUUGAAGAAUCGGAUGAUGUGGGGAAAGUUGCUGCAACAUCCGAUGUAGGGGGAGGGAUGGGAGUUGUGGCCGCAGGAUCAGGGGACCCGAAAGCUGGUAUUUAACUUGAGGGUACAUCAGUGCGAUUUUUCGCGUUCUGGAAAAUAAACUGUGCAGUCUUUAUCUGUUUCCGGUGACCCCCCCCCCCAACAACGGGUCUGAUAGCGUCUCUGUGCAAUUGAUUGAUUUGAUAUGAAUAAGCUCACGGUCAAAGUCUUACAUAGAACUAAAAAAUCCACUUAGUGUAUCUAUUUCUGGAAAUUAAUGAAGUUAAGACCGACAUCGCAAUGAUUAUUGUUGAUCCAAA